AUGGUCCCUACUGGCAGCUGGGUGCGAGAAACAGAGAAAAUACAGACACCAGAAGGGGCGCCUCGUGCCCAAGCCGUAGAAGCAGAGGACCGCUGUCGCACGCGAAGUGCACGGUUGCAGCAGCAGGAGCAGCAGCAGCAGCAGGAGCAGCAGCAGCAGCAGGGGGGCGGGUCGGGGAUGCAGAGGCAGUUUUCUUUGCGGCAGCAGCUGCUGCGCAGUCGGCAGCAGCAGCACGUGCAGCACGAUGACGCCGAAGGGCAGCAGCAGCAGCAAGUGCAGCAGGAAGAUGAGGGGGAGCAGCAGCAGCUGCAGCAGCAGCAGGAAGAGGAGGGCGAGGCAUAUGAAGAGGACGCCGCGGGGGGAGCAGCCGCAGCAGCGGCAGCCGCAGCUACGCGCUACAGUCUGCGGGCAAAGCGGCACAAGAAGGAAGUGUUUCACGCGGAUCUGCUCGCAAAGAAGACGUACAGACCGCUUGCAGCGGCUGCGAGGAGCGGGAAGGAGGGAGGCAGUGGAGGGGGGGGAGCGUGCGAGGGAGAAGACAGCGGGGGAGAAGCACUCGAGGCGGCAGGAGAAGCGCUUGCAGCAGAGGGAGAGGCUCAGGCACUGCUGCCCGCAGCAGACGACUCGGAGGGGGAACUGCUCCUGCUGGAUGGCGAGACGGCAGCAGCAGCAGCAGCAGCAGCAGCAGCAGCAGCAGCAGCAGAAGCAGCAGCAGCAGCAGCAGCAGCAGAAGGCGGCUGCGGCCCCUGGAAACGGCGGGGGGGCCCCGGGAGGCCCCGGCUGCAUCCCUUGGGGCCCCGUGGCGCCAACAGUUCUUACACGGUGCCUCUGCCUUCUGCUCUUCAAGACUUGAAGAUCAAGCUGUACAAGGAUCCGUGCGUCGUGGAGAAGGCUGCGCCUUUCCUGUCAGCAGCCCAAGCAGCAGCAGCAGCCCAAGCAGCAGCAGCAGAACGACAAUGCGAAAAGGACAGCGUCGCAGACUGA